UGAAAUAUUGCCUAAAUUAGUUAAUUACCAUGAAAAUUUGAUCAAUUUUAGCUAUACAAUUGUAUAUUUCUUGGAUUUCUAGUAUUUGUUUUUAUUUCAAUGCCGAAUAUCAGUAGAAAUAUCGCGAGAGAAUUUGUGGUUCAUGACAAGCAGGGAUGGAGUGAAAAUGAGCGGGAAGUUAGGUUAUGUUCGUCGACGUGCGAAGACAUCUUUGUUCUCGGAAAUUUCCUGUUGCGUUGCUAUCAAAAAGUACCGCUUUGCCUCAUUUCUGGUGUGAUCUUCGCGUGGUUCGGAAGAGAUUCAGAGGCUGUUCUAACAGAAUUACCGUGCGCUAAGUUUGCCUGGCCGUGAGCAAGAUGAUGCCCUACUAUUAUCCCCAAGUCUACUAUCCAUACGUCCUUCCGGCCUCGCCUUCUCCUCAAUUGCAGGCGAUGCCAUCAGCUGUCGGCGGCGCGGCCCAUGCGUCGCACGCGGCCACCCUGAUCAGCAACGAGGACUGCGGCAUCAGGGACGUGUGGAAGCACAAUCUGGAGGAUGAGUUCCGGACGAUCCGGCAGGUGGUGUUGAAGUAUCACUAUGUGGCGAUGGACACGGAAUUCCCGGGCGUCGUGGCGCGUCCGCUGGGUGAGUUUCGCUCCUCCGCCGACUACCAAUACCAGCUGCUGCGCUGCAACGUGGACAUCCUCCGGAUCAUUCAGCUGGGGCUCACGUUCAUGGACGACGAGGGCAAGACGCCGCCUGGCUUCACCACGUGGCAGUUCAACUUCAAGUUCAAUCUGGCCGAGGACAUGUACGCACAGGACUCGAUAGAUCUACUGCAGAACUCUGGGAUUCAGUUUAAGAAGCACGAGGAGGACGGAAUUGAUCCGCUGGAAUUCGCCGAGUUGCUCAUGACGUCCGGCAUUGUGCUGAUGGACAACAUCAAGUGGCUGAGCUUCCACUCGGGCUACGACUUUGGCUACCUGCUCAAGCUGCUCACGGAUCAGAUGCUGCCGGUGGAGGAGAGUGAGUUCUUCGAGCUGCUGCGCCUCUACUUUCCCACCAUCUACGAUGUCAAGUAUCUGAUGAAGUCGUGCAAGAAUCUUAAAGGGGGCCUUCAAGAGGUGGCGGAUCAGCUGGAGCUGCGUCGUGUGGGACCGCAGCACCAGGCCGGCUCGGAUUCGCUCCUGACUGGCAUGGCGUUCUUCAAGAUGCGCGAGAUGUUCUUCGAGGAUAACAUCGACAACGCCAAAUACUGCGGUCAUCUUUACGGCCUGGGAACAUCCUUCAUUGUCAAUGGUAAUAAUUAUUCAGACAAUGGCGAGGGGAAUUCGGCAUCUUAAGCACUCAACUUUUCACGCGAAGAAACACAGAGAGAGAGAGAGUGAGAAUGAAGCAAAGAUUUGAAUGAGGAGAAAAAAAGAGAGGAGUUAAAGCAAAUUAACUAAUAAAGCAAAUAGGAUAAACACUGAAAUAUAAAGAGAAAUAUUUAGAGGCCAGAGACAGAAAAAAGAGUACUAAAAACAAGCAAAUAAGCUUCUCAGAAUCCUCCAGAAAAAAAAUUUCAAUGAAAGAAAUUGAAGUGUGUAAUUUCUGGAGUUUUAUAUAGAGCGAUUUUAGCGCAUUUCACGAAAACGAUCACAAUUUUUCUUGAGCCUCCUUGUAAAAGAGCAAAGGAAAGAGUGAAAAAACUGGAGAGAAUAUAGUAAUUUCGUUUUGUUUUCUUUGUCAAUGAAGAGGGAGAAAGAGAGAGAAAAAAGAAGCAUCUGUGGAUGCUGUAAAUGUAUUUCAUUUUUCAAUAAUAACAUUUCUGUUGACGCAAUUUCGUGUUGAAAUAAUAAUAAUAAUUUUGUGAACAUUGAAAAAUA